AUGUUGAUUUUAUUAGUUGUGUUGUUGUGUGGCGCUGUGAAGGUGGAUGGCGCAGCACAAUCUGGAUGUACUUACGUUGAUACAGAUGGAUCAGCUCGAGGGGUAUACGAAUGUGAUUAUCCAUCUGUCUCUCUUCCUUUGACGUAUUCAUCCUUCUCCAGUCCAAUACCUCAAAGGAUGAAGAUUUAUAAUGUACAUGGGCAACUUCCUGCCAGUAACCCAACAUCCACAUUUUCAGGAUUUUCAGGAAUGGGAACACUUGAUCCCGAUUAUCCAGCAUCUCUAGAAAUACGAUGUUCCGCAGGGGGCACGUUACUUUUAUUUGCCGGAACAUUUACCGGUAUGUCGUACCUCCAGGAACUAUCAAUUAUCAACUGUGUUAUCAGCAGUGGAUUUACGUCAUCAGCUUUCUCGGCAAUCGGUUCACUCAAUUACUUCUUGGUGUACGGUGGCUCCUUGGCCACUCUGGCUAAUGACGCGUUUACAGGCCUCGAUAUACAGAAGCUAAGCAGCGUUCCGGAUCCGAAAGGUGAACUAGCUAUGAUUGGUGUUACGUUACCUAGUACAACUUUACCACAAGGACUUUUGUACUCACAGACUAAUUUAGUCAGUGUAGUAUUGGACAACCUCGGACUAACCGUCGUAAGAGCGGAUGAUUUUUCUCAGAAUACUUUAUUAGAGAAGAUAUCGCUUCAGUACAAUGCAUUUACCGAGAUUUCCUCCACGAUCUUUGAUGGCCUUGACCUACUAUUGAGUGUAAACUUGAUGGGAACUGAAUGGAAUUGUACGUGUGAAAACAUAUGGAUCGUAAAUACGGCGAAUGCGAGCGGAUACGAGAUAGAGACAGGAUAUACAUGUACCACACCAGCGCUGUAUGAAAAAAGGACAGGAAAAGAAUACUACAUCAAAGAAUGUGAAAUCCCUGAUCCUUGUAUCACGGAGGGCAAAGGUUUCCGGUGGGGAGUGGAAUGUUUUAUUUUAUACAAUAUAAUAGCGUAUGCAGUACUGUUAUUUACCUUAAUUAUUGGCGCUAUAGCUUUAGCAAUCGUAUGUCAUGUCAGACGAGAUUUAAUUACUGACAGAGAAAGACUUAUGAAGAAGAGGAAUAUUGCAUGGAUGAAAGUUCAACAAGCUCUUCUACACGGAGGUGGGGGUGGUCAAAGACCCCCUGCGUCGACAGCUCCGCCUAUGCGUAAGGGAUGGUAACGGAGACUUAUCUUUGACCUGCAUUAUUAAAACAAUAUAUUAUUCUCGUUAAAAGUAUACAAUUGAUUGUGACAAAAAAAUGUUAAUAAAUUUUGAACGUAG